AUGCCUCCACGAUUGAAAAGGUUGAGCAGUGGACUGAUACCAUUCAGCAGAAAGCACUCAGAUGCUGCCAGUGACAAAACAGCAAGUGGAGCUCAUUUAGCACAACAAUCUGCCCAACAAAACAAGGGGGAAUGAAGCCGCUUGUUUUCUUCAGCUGGAGAGCAAAUGAAGCACUUGGCUCAAGGUGCAAUGGACAGUGUGAAGAACACACUUCGUAUGAAUGAAAAGAAUAAAUAGACAGAGAAAGCCCCAUCAAUUGUGACCUGCUGAUUGAGGCCCCAUAAGGUCUUUGCUUUUGCGCGAACAGGGACGAGCAUUCCCACUCACAAUAGCAUGUGCAAUAAAGGUAAACAUCAAUGCAAAUGCAAGAAUCAACAUGUACAUUUCUUUUUGUUCUUGAUUGAAUUGAAAUAUUAAUUUCAUAGAUUUAAAAAUAACUUUUAUAUUACUGAAUUAAUAAUAAUUGCAAAUUUCCAUCAUAUAAAGUUUAAAUUAUUAUUGUAUUAAUUUUUUCAUUUUUUCUAAUGAGUUAAAAUUUAUUAGUAUCAUAAGGGUUUAGAUAUUGCA